AUGAGUUACACGCUAUUCUCGUUUUAUUAGAGAACAAGGUGUAUCUUUUAUUUUUCUCAAAAAAUCAAGGAUGUCCGAGUAAAACGUGUAACCAUUUUGCAGCUAUCUCUCUCGCACUCACGCAAGCACCACGCAAGUGAUAGAUCGCCUUAAAUCUGACAACAUAUUUUGAGAUGAGGUUUUCACGAUACACGAUUUCAAUAUGGGCGUGUAUGGUAUUCAUCAUCACUGGAAUCGAAGCAUUUUCCUGUGAUAUCAAAGGUGGGCAAGCCACGUUGUUCUACUCUUUAGGAUCAGAGCUCCGUGAGUACUGCCUGAAAGAACAAAGAGACGAGCUAAUCGUACAUUGUUCACCGAGACGAGCCAUAAAAGUUGGGAUGCCUGCCGAUCCAAAUUUUAUUUAUUGGUUGAACGUAGACAUCAGAACGCAGAUGUUAAUGCGGACUCGUAAUGAUACCUCUGAUCGUAAUGUACCGACGUCCCGUGAUGUCAUUGCAGACAAGGGUCUCGUCACACCCGAAGAAUUGGCAGUUGAUUGGGUAACGGGAAAUAUAUAUUUCAUGGAUAGUUCCGAGAAGUACAUGGGUGUUUGCACAGACGAUGGAUCGUAUGUCAUAAAAAUAUUAAACCGUACUACGGAUGCGCCAGGUGGUUUAGUUCUCAAUCCGAAGAAAGGAGAAAUGUUCUGGAGCGAUUAUGGAGAAAAUCCUGCCAUAUGGCAAGCUGGAAUGGACGGGAGUGAGCGAAAAACUAUCCUGACGGAAGAUCUUGGCUGGCCAAAAGAUUUGGCAAUAGAUUAUACGGAGGAGCGUUUGUACUGGAUCGAUUCGAAAUUAAAGACCGUGGAAUCGAUGAGUCUCGAUGGAACAGACCGUCAACGCUUGUUACAAAAGACGGGCAAGCGACUUCACUCGAUAGCGAUAUUUAGGGAUAAAUUGUAUUGGAGCGAUUGGGAGAAGAACACAAUUGAAUCAAUGGACCUUGCCACCGGUGAUAAUCGCAAAGUAAUCGUCAAAGCAUCGAAGCUCAUCUACGAUAUAGAAAUUCAUGACUCUUCGUUGAAACCGACAUUGCCAAAUCCUUGCGAAAAUGCCCAUUGCUCUCAAAUUUGUCUUCUCGCUCCAAAUAGUGGGUACAGUUGUGCCUGCGAAGCCGGAUACGUGUUGGACUCGGAUCUACGUACCUGCAGUCCGAUAAACGACACUCCGUGUCUAGUAAUUGCUGCAGGAGAGAAAAUCAUCCACUAUCAUGAAGAACGUUCCGAGAAAUCCCAAUUCAAAGAGAUUUUAAUGCCAAUACGAAUGACUCAAAUCGCUUACGAUCGAAAAACUGGAAUUCUAGUCGCAGACGAUGAGUACACCCAUUCUCUGUAUAAAUUCGAUCCUGAAGGUAAUGGAAUGCGAAAGUUGAAACGUGUCAACAGCGAGUAUCUUCGUGACAUCCACAUCCAACCCGGGUAUCCUAUUAUUUUUUGGUCCGCUUCUGGUCUUCACCAAAUUCAUACAUGUACAGCCUCUAUGGGAAUGUGGGGUACAUACUCCGUUGAAGAUGAACCGUUCGAAAUUCUAUCUAUUCCUGGAGUGGAAGAAUUCUUCGUCGUUUUCAAAACUCGAUAUUCCGGAUUUCACAUCGAUUGGCUGACGCUUCACGAACCUAAGAAUUCAAAAAUUAUAAUACCCAAAGUGUUGGGCAGCAAAGUAUCGCUUGCUUAUGACGAACACUCUAUGAGACUGUACUUUGCAGAAGAGAGAGAUGGGACGAUCGAGUCUAUUUCUGUUAGAAAUAUCGUGUGUGGCAAGAACGACAUUGAUAGAAAAAUGUUGCGUGCGGAUGUUGGAAGCCCGGUGAGCCUCGCCGUUCUAAAUGGCAAACUCUAUUGGACCAACCGUGAUUCGAACGUCUUAAACUGGGUGGUCUUGGAUGAUGAUAAUCUUGAGAUUCAAGCCACGGUUCUUCCGACGCGAGAGUAUUCCGGGAUCCUGGAUCUCGUGACAGUUGGGAACCGUACUUUACCCAAUGAUAUAUCUUGCUAAAAUGAUCUUUAUUACCGAGGAACUUACGUCGAAUGCUCUUAUGGAGAGCUGUGACACCGGCUUGAUGCCAGGGAUUGAAAGAAAAACCGGAGCUCAAGCCCUAUCGCAUUAUUGUAUACUCGAGUUUUGUACUUUUACUCCUGAACAGAAAUGCUGUGAUAUAUUAUCUUCUGGGAUCUUCCGCUACUGUAAUGAUUGCUCCAAAAACCAGUUUUUAGAUUUUUAUACGUAAUAGCGAGUAUGUUCCUUAACCAUUAGGAGAUUAACUGACCCGGAGUUCUGUUCAAACAUUGAAAUAAAUCAUUAUUUUAGUAAUUUUACAAAAUAAAUACUGAAAUAUAAAAAAUGA